AUGCUGAAACUCUAGAAGCAAUAGUAAAAGAUGAUUAUCUAAAAUAUCAUUUUGUUGUGCUGUGUUGGAGCUUACUAAUUAGAUGAGAAAUAAAAAGGGAAACUUUUAAAAUUGAUUACAAUUACUGAAAGAUAUAUUGCAUCUAUUGGUGCUGGAUUAGACAAUUAAUAUUUCUUUUACAAAUCUAAUUAUUCUUUUAAUUUAUAUGAUAAAGAUCCACAAUGUGCACUUUCUAACCCAAAUUUUUUAAUUUCUAAGACUGAUUAAAUGCUUAAAUUGCUAUUUUAUUAUUGCCCAGCUACCUACUUAAAUUAUGAAUCUGUCAUUUUAAUCUAGAUUUAUCGAUGCUUUUUAUUUGGCUUUUUCUCUUAUAUGAUAGAUUAUUAAAAUCAAUUUUAUGCUUUAGAAGAAUUAAUUUUCUUUGUAUUAGUUCCAAGCAAUUUUGUUACAUGUAUUCUUAAUUAUGAAAAUUUUCUGCAUUAAAAAUCAUUUGACAAAAAUUAAUUUGAAAUAUAUCGAAAGAGACUGGAGUUGAUAAAAUAAAGUAAUAUUUAUGUCAAAAUAAUCAAAAUAAUCUUUAUAGCUUUACUAGAUUCAAUUUUAGUUUAAAUUUGUUUUAAUAUAUUUGAUAUAUUCUAAAAUUAAGAACUCACAGAUUAUUCUGUUUUUAUGUUCAUCAAUUUUGAAUUAAUGGAAAAGUCAAAAUACAUUAUGACUCAGUUCAACUCAUACUAUGAUUUAGGUAGGAUGCUAAAACUAAUAUUCUCUUACAUAAUAUUAUUAUCUUUGUUAGUAUUAAUAUAUGGUCUUGUGAUCACAGAUAUUGUAUACUAAUUAUCAAGCUUAAAUUUUAUAUUUUGGGUAUUUGGACUCAUAUUUGCUCUAUCAAUCUCAUUUAUAUAGUAAGAAGUGUUAAUACUUACUGAAUUUAGCUUCCCAUGUCCAAAUGAUAUUCAAUUUCACAUCGAAAAUCGUAAUUAGAUAGAAAAGUUAAGCUAAUCUUUGAAAUAUUUAAACCAAUAAUAAUCAAAUGAGCCAAAAUUGUUUAUUGAGAAAUUAUUUGAGGGAAAAGACUUUAUGGACGAAUAACUUCUUAAAAAGAUUAAGGGAGAUUAAUAAAUGACUGAUUAAAUGGAAAAAGACUUAAAAUUUACAGAUAAGAGAACAGAAAAGGAUUUUCUUAAUUGGCUCAAACCUUAAAAUAUAUAUAUUUAUUACAUUUAUGAAUUAACUAUAUUUGGAAUAAGAAUCUAUUAAUAAAUCACUAAUCUUUAAAUAGCUUAUUUUGUUAUCUCUAUUAUUUAAUUUGUAGUGAUGAGUUUACUCCCUUUAAUACACAUAUCUAAAUUUAAACCCUUAGUUUAGAUAGGUUUAAGAUUUGCAUUUUUUAUAGUGUUACAUAUCUUAUUAGAUACCUAAAUUAAUGAAACUCUAAUGUUUCUGAUUGCAAUUACCCUGACACAUCACCCAUUAUUAGGGAUAUAUGGAUAUUAUUGUGUGUGCUUUAUUACAACUAUAUUAGAUAUGCUAAUGGUGGGAAUCUUUACUUAUACUGAUCCAUAUCUCAUUCUAAAUCAUGGUUUAAUUUUAAUUGAAGUUUGUCUUCCACUAAUGUUUUAAGUUUAUAAAACAGAAUUCUUAUAAAGGUAUUAAUAUGUCCUUUAAAACAAAUUGUUGGAUGAAUAUAAAAAGCUUAACGAUGCUUUAGGUUUGCUGAUGCCACGUUUUAUUAAAGAAAGAAUGUCAAAAGGAUAGAUAUAAAUAUCAGAAGAUCAAGGAGAUGUUGCAAUUUUAUUUUGUGAUAUUUACGAUUUUGAUGACAUUAUCAGAAAUGAAUAAAUCAAAGUUGUUGAAUUUUUAGACAAUUUAUAUCGUUAAUUUGAUUAAUUCUGUUAAGCAAAUGAAUUAUAAAAGAUUGAAACCGUUGGUAAAACCUAUAUGGCAGCAGGUGGAUUAAAAGACUAUAACAUUUCUGAUAAUUUAAAUCCUACAGAAAGAAUUUUAGAUACAGCCCUUUAAAUGCAAGAAAGUGUUAAAACUAUGAAAUAUGGAGACAACAAGGCUGUCAUUCUCAAAAUUGGUAUUCACUAUGGAAGAGUCAUAGCAGGUGUGAUCGGGGCUCAUAAACCGUAAUUUUCAUUGAUAGGGGAUACUGUAAAUACAACUAGUAGAGUUUGCUCAACAUCAGAACCAGGAAUUGUAACUCUUAGCUAAUAAGCUUAUGAAAAAGUCUCUAACAAGAAAUAUUAAUUUAAAUUAAGGGAAGUGGAGGCUAAAGGCAAAGGAACUAUUAAAACUUAUUAGUUUAUUAAAGGCGACAAAAAAUAAUAAUAAGCAAUUUUAAAAGUUGCUGAUAAUAUAUCAAAAUCUCCUAAUCCUCAUUUAUAAAAUUAAAUGAUCAAAAAAAUAUCUGAAAAUUUGAAGAACAAAUAACAAACCAUUCUAAAAAAAGUAUCGAUGAAUGAAGAAAAAUAAGAUAUUGCCCCAGUAACAAUUUAAAAUACAAAUAUGAAUGUAAAUACCAAAUUAAUAUAACUUUCAUCUCCAUAAUCUAUACAACCAAUGAUUAGAGCUUAAUCUAGAUCAGUAUUUAAUUCUUCAUAUUAAAUGGCUUUACUUGUGCCUAAUGAAUAGGAUUAAGAUAAUAAUAAUAACAAUAACAUAAAUAACAAUAACAUCAAUAAUAAUAACAACAAUAAUAAUAACAAUAAUAUUAGCAAUAACAAUAAUAAUAACAAUAAUAAUAACAAUAAUAAUAAUAAUAACAAUAAUAAUAAUAAAUAAGAAGAAAAGGAAAAAUUUAAUCUCAAUAAUAUAUAAGGUGAUGGCUUAAAAUCUAGCAUGCCUCUAGGGGGGGCUGCAGCAGGUUAAUAUUCAAAAAGAGUAUCAAAUUUAGCAUUUGAAUUAAAUCCAAUAAAAUCAAGAAAAUCUGUUUACAGGAGAGCAGGUACCAAAACAAAUUUACCUGAAUAAGAUUAAAUUUUAGGAAUGGGUACUAGUGGUUAAAAAUUGGCAGAAAGCGUAAGGGCUGAUUUGCCUGUGAAAAGAAAGAGAACUAGAAUAUUAGCUGAAAAAUAAAUGGAUUUUAUAGAUAGAAUAGAAUCUUUAUCUGUCUCGCAAAACACCAAAGGAAUUGAAGCAGGAAUCUCUUAUGGAUGA